AGGAAACGAAGCAUCACCAGCUUUUGCUCCUGCGGAGGGCUCCCGAUGGUGGUCGUGGGAGCGAAACUCGUUAGAAACGAUGCAAAUUAGUAGUAAACAGGCCCUCGCCCCUUAAGGGGAAGCUGCGGUCAAAGUCUUCUUUCCGCCCCUCCCAGCUGCACUCUCCAUACUCCGCAGCGCUGGGAGCGAGCGCGUUGCCUCUCAUCUCCCCGCUGCUCUCUCCGCUGCGCUUUCCUUCGAGGUCGCACCUCUUCCUGAAGAGGAUGGGAGCCUCUCCUCGGAGGAGCCCGCAGCCUCUCGGGCCGCCGGCGCCCCCUCUCUCCCGCUCCGGAGGAGCCCUCCUCGCGGUUCUGCUGCUGCUCACGCUGCCGGCGGCCUGGGGUAAUUGCAAAGCCCCGGCACAGCUCCCGUUUGCCAGGCCUACAGAACCGAUUGAGAAGUUUGAGUUUCCCAUUGGGGCAUCUUUGAACUACAUAUGCCGCCCUGGUUACUACAAGAAACAGUUCCGUAUCACCUGCCAAGAGAAUUUGACCUGGUCAAGUGCUGAAAACAAAUGUGAACGUAAAUCAUGUGGAACUCCUCCAGAACUCAUAAAUGGCAGAAUGACUAUAAACGGAGACACCAAGUUUGGAUCAACUGUUAAUUAUGCUUGUAAUGAAGGAUACCGACUCAUUGGUCAGCCCUCUAGCACGUGCCUCAUCUCGGGCAAUACUGUCGUCUGGGAUAACAACCCACCUACUUGUGAAAGAAUUCCUUGUGGGCCGCCCCCAAACAUUGCCAAUGGAAGUUUCACUAGCAUCAACAGAGAAUAUUUUCCAUACGGGACGGUGGUGACCUAUCGCUGCAAUUCUGGACAGAGAGGGAAAAAGCCGUUUGAGCUUGUGGGCCAGCCGUCAAUAUAUUGCACCAGCAAAGACAACCGCGUCGGCACGUGGAGCGGCCCUCCCCCUCAGUGCAUUAUACCUAAUAAAUGCACACCUCCGGAAAUUGAAAAUGCAAUCAUAGUAUCUGAGCGCAAAACCUUAUAUUCCUUAAAUGAAAUCGUGGUGUUUAUGUGUGAGUCCGGCUUUGACAUGAAAGGACCCUCCAGUGUGAAAUGCCAACCUCGAAACAGAUGGGAACCACAGCUGCCAAGCUGCUCUAGGCUAUGUGCGCCGCCUCCAGAAAUUCCGCAUGGUAAGCCCACCCCAAGCGACAAGGACAGUUUUUCCCCUGGGCAGGAAGUAUUCUACAGUUGUGAGCCUGGCUAUGAUCUCAGAGGGACUGCUUCUGUGCGCUGUACGCCCCAGGGAAACUGGAGCCCAGCAGCCCCUAUGUGUGCAGUGAAAUCAUGUGAUGACUUCCUGGACCAACUCCCUAACGGCCGUGUGCUCUUUCCACUUAAUUUCCAGCUUGGGGCAAAAGUGUCCUUCAUUUGCAAUGAGGGGUUCCGUUUAAAGGGAAGUUCUGCUAGCUACUGUACCUUGGUUGAAAUGAAAAGCCUUUGGAACAACAGUGUUCCUGUGUGUGAGCAAAUCUUUUGUCCAAGCCCUCCAUCUAUCCUUAAUGGGAGCCACACCGGAACUCCUCAGGGAGACGUUCCCUAUGGAGAGGAAAUUACUUAUAUGUGUGACCCCCGCUCGGCCAGAGGGAUGACCUUCAACCUCGUCGGGGAGAGCACCAUCCGCUGCACAAGCGACGGUGAAGGGAAUGGGAUUUGGAGCGGCCCUGCCCCUUACUGUGAACCUGCUGGUCCUGCUGGUUACUGUAAAGCCCCAAAACAGUUUCCAUUUGCCAAGCCUGCAACUCAGACUGAUGAAUCUGAGUUUCCAGUUGGGACAUCUUUGACUUUUAAAUGUUCCCCUGGGUAUUUUGAGUCUACGUUUUCUAUCACCUGCUUAGAAAACUUGGUCUGGUCCAGUGCCGAAGAUACGUGUAGACGAAAAUCAUGUGGAGCUCCUCCAGAACCCUUCAAUGGCAUGGUACAUAUAAACACAGACACCCAGUUUGGAUCAACAGUGAAUUAUUCUUGUAAUGAAGGGUAUCGACUCGUUGGCUCCCCUUCUGCAGCUUGUCACCUCUCAGGCAAUACUGUCACUUGGGAUAAGGAAACACCUAUUUGUAAGAAAAUCUUUUGUCCAAGUCCUCCAUCUAUCCCUAAUGGGAACUACCCCAGAACUUCUCAGGGAGACGUUCCCUAUGGAGAGGAAGUUACUUACAUGUGUGAACCCCGCUCGGCCAGAGGGAUGACCUUCAACCUCGUCGGGGAGAGCACCAUCCGCUGCACGAGCGAUGGUGAAGGGAACGGGAUUUGGAGCGGCCCUGCCCCUUCCUGUGAACUUGCUGGUCCUGCUGCAUGCCCACAUCCACCCAAGAUCCACAAUGGGCAUUACAUUGGAGAACAUCCAUUUCCAUAUCUUCCUGGGAUGACGGUCAGCUACACUUGUGACCCAGGCUACUUGUUGGUGGGAAGGAACUUCAUCUUCUGCACAUACCUGGGAACCUGGAGUCAUUUUGAACAUUAUUGCAGAGAGGCAAAAUGUAGACUCCCAGCGCAUAUGAAUGGAAUCCGGAAGGACGUGGAAAUGAGAAAAGUCUAUCACCAUGGAGAUAAUGUAACUUUUGAGUGCGAAGAGGGGUAUACUCUGAAAGGUAGUCCCCAGAGCCAGUGCCAGGCAGAUAACACGUGGGACCCUCCUCUGGCCAUAUGUGCAUCUAGCACACACGAUGCUCUCAUAGCUGGCAUUUUCUUUGGCACGAUCUUCUUUCUUUUACCCAUCAUCGUGGCCGGUUGGAUAAUUGUGAAGCACAAACAAGGCAAAACGACAGAUGAAAAAUGUAAGGAGAGUAUCCAUUUACACCCUCAAGAAGACAGCGGUGUAAGUCCUCAAACUGUGCAAACAAAUCAGGAGAACAGCAGGUACCUAAUGUACAUAUUGAAUUCAUAACGUUGUCAAUAACUCAGAUAGCGAAAGAGAGAACAGGAUGUGCCUAAGAUGUCGCUCUGGCUGGAUCACUGGGACCACCGGAGAUAGAAAGUUCUUCAGGAACCGGAAAUGCCUUGGUUGUUCUUUUCUUAGAUUCUUGUUUCCAGGGGGUUGGGUGAUGGCUGUCAGCGCUGUGCUCCGGGCACUGUUUUCUCAAAGCAUUCCUGUAUUUUUGUGCGCUGGUGCUAUAAACCUUCGAGAAGAAGCAAGCUUUUGUUUUCUUGUGGAACGCAGGCAUUUGGCACUUGGGUGUCCCCCUGGCUCCCCCUUCCCUUAAAUGUGCAGGAUCACCUGGGGAUCCUGUGGAGACUUCGCAUUUACCUCCCCCUGCUUUCUGACUCCCACUGAAUUCUCUGCCUCACCAGGUCUCCUAGGACUGCUCUCUCCUUCCUGUUUCCUGUCCUCCCCAACAGGGGCUUGUCACCACACCUCAUCCCUGCAUGCCACCUAGUCAAAGUACCAGCCUACUACCAUAGCUGUUGGGUGGUCACUGUUUAGCUGUUUGCUACAGGACCGGGGUGAAAAGGGAAAUUACCAAACUAUGUGCACCGAAGUGGCACACACGUAGAAGUGAAUAUUAAAAAUCAAUGGACUAAAAAGUGACUGUUUUGUAAAUAUAGGUAUUGGAACCCAGCCUCCCCCACUGUCAGCCUAUUUAUGGCUGCUUUCAUGCUCUAACAGCAGAAUACAGAGACCAAGACUUACUAUCUGGUCCUUCAGAAGAAAAAUGCCAAACCCUGAACUCUAUCAUAUGAUCAGGAUUUUCUCACUGUUUAGUUCCCCUAUAAGCCUUGGCUUUCCAGUCUUUUCCUAGGCCACUCUCACAUUAGACACUCAUCAGUUUUGUUAAAAUCUUUAAUGUGUUCUCAGGGUACCUCAUUUUGACUCUUGGUCUUGUCGUAAAUUCAAAAUUCCAUUUUUUCUUUAUCAUACAGAGCAAUUCACCCAGUCCUUGGCUUCAGCCCAGUCCUUGGCUUCCUCUGGCUGGGCCUAAGUAUCCUAAAAUUUUUAUUCAGACUCUUGGGUGUCUGAAACACCAGCACGAAAAUGCCAUAAAGGGGACUGGCCACUCCUGUAGAAAGCAGAAGCAAAAAGUAUCAUGUGUUUUCGUCAAUUUCCUUUCUGUCCUCUUUCCCAUAUAUCAAUGUGCACUUAUCUAAACUUGGCAUUUUAUAUCUGCACACAUGUCCCAAAUCUUAAAUUCAACAUCGGACAGUAGAAGUAGCCACAGGAAAAGGCAAGGGGUCAGAGAGGCAUUUUAUAAUCAAGACACAGGCAAUUCAAAUCGUUUGAACAAAUAUAUCGGGUAUGGUCAACUUUCUCCUGAAUAGAAAUUUGUGAAUCGCUAGGUUUGUUUUCUGGCUUGUACUCACCUUGCUUUUGCUGAACAGUUUGUUUUUCAUGACUGUUUAUGGAAGCAAAUGAAAUGUGCACUGCUUUUUAAAAAACUCAGUAAUUAGCUUUUUGAAGCUAUAAUAACCAUCAGCCUGAUUCUUCUCAAAAGAGCAUAUACCUAGAGCAGCUUGACUACUAUAUCAGUAGGAUAUAGAAGUCAUGAGACAGGAAUGGCAUGAUUUCCUAGGAGAGUGUUUUUUUUUUCUACUGUGAUCCCAGUAGUUUGAAAUGAAAAGAGCAUUAUUUAUAUCUUAACACAAAUACAUAGGUAUAGGAACAGAAGUCAAAUAAUGCAGAUUUUAAGAUCAAAUAAGACAGAUAAUACUAUGCUUUCAGGAAUACUUUACAUUAUGCCUCCGAGGCUCUUGGGGUGAUGUACUGCUUGUCCUUUACUAUGAUGGAAAAGCUGGGCCAGGCUGAUUCAUCCCCAGCCGGAUUGUCACCCACUGUAAACACACAAAGUAACUGCCCACUGUGAGGGCAAUGGUUGUCUUUACGAAAGUCCAUUCAAAAAUAAUGCAGAAUUAUACUUAAAAUAUCAUUUGAUAUCUCCUCAAUCCUGGCCGGUUACCCACCUAAACACUUUACCAUUUUCCUUCCAAUCCUAUCUGCAUUACUCCGCUCAGAAUUCACUCACCCAAGAAGCCCUCCCAAUGUGCUGUGGUCCAAAGUAAUGUCUUUCUUUGGCACUCGUAGAACUUAGUGCCUAUACCAUUUUGAAAAUAGUGUCUUUUAAUAGUAGUAUGUGCUUAUUGAAAAGGUAGAAAAUACACAAAAUAUAAAGUAUAUAAAAAUGAGCUAUAAUAGCCUUCAUCCAGUGGCUAGUACACUUAAGCUUCUUCACAUUUACAGGGUUAUACACUGAGAUUAUAUUGACUGUAUAACAUUAUUCCUGGUGUGGUUUCUACCAAAUAAACACCAUCCUUUUAUCAUUAAAAACUGUAUAUAUGCUUAUAUGCCAUAGUAUCCAAUAUUUCAUUUAUUGUUUUUGCCCAGUAACGCCAAUGCAUUCAUUCGCUUGCUCAUUCAUUCUUCAAACAUUUGUCACUUGUAAUCUACCAAUAUUGUACUUAUGUGUUUUCUUUCCCAUGCUAAAUUAACUUAUGAGUAAGUUAAUUUCCCCAAAUUCUAAGUACAGACUUACUAAAAUGAGAAGUGUACACUAAACAGUUGAGAAUAAAUUUAUCAAAAUUUCA